CCCACCUUGUUUAGGCAACUCGAUAAAUAAGAAGUCUGGCGCUCUGUAAACCGGUCAAAUGUCAAGAACAACCGACGCGAAUAAUAAUGGAUCACUACCUGAGGAUCUGGAUGCCUUGAUUCUCGAAUACCUUGCUCUACACGACACAUACUCCUCACUUCGCACGUCAUUAUCUACGGCACUGAAGGAUGGCUUCUGGGAUCUCAGUGUUGCGAAGAGGUCAAAUACGGGGAUUGGACCGCUGGGAUAUGAUUUGAGGAUGCGAGCGAAGCGUGGUCUAGCUGGGCAAUUGGAGAUUGCGGAGUUGGUGUAUGAUGACGCUGGAGAUGUUGUUGAGGAGUUGGGUGUGGAUCAGGCUCAGAACGAGAGGAAUAAUGAGAUGAGAAGGCGGCGAAAAGGCGAGGAGUUGGAGGAAGGUGAGGCCGAUGACCUGGCACAACAACUAAAGAAGAUGACGAUCUCGGAGGAUGACCCACUACGGUGGUAUGGAGUACUCGUCCACCCGCAACUACGUGCUGCGCAAGGACACUUCGUUAAGAGCCUGAAAGACUUGGUUGAGAUUGUCAGACUGACGAAGGAGAUGGACGGCCUUGAAACGCGGAUCGAGGCAGCGAGACGGGAAGCACCGAACACAGAGGAGAAGGUGGAGGAGGCAAGGGAGGAUGUUGAACACGAUGAAGCACGACUCGAGGAAACGAAAAGUGAUAUAUAAGGUAUACGACU